AUGUCUCUGCAAGAAAAUCGAUUGAUUGUCGAUUUUAAAAAAUCAAUGGAAGUUCAUAGUGACUUCAAAAAAUUUUACAGUAGAAAACAAAUUCCUGCAUUCUGCAAUUAUAACACAUCUUUGUCAAAAGAUGAGAAUUUAUCAAAUUUAUGCUUACACUUUUUGAACAUCGAUGCCUCUACAUGUGAUGCCUUUUCUUAUAGGCCAAUACUCAUUGAGAUUAUAGCAAGGUUGAUUCACAACCCACAAAUUGAAAGAUUAUAUUUACAAUUAAACAAAAUUGAUCAUGUUAUCGAAGGUACUCAAGUACUGUAUUCAUCGUCCAUUGUCAACACCUUCACUAAUGAAAUCUCAAUUUUGGUUGAACACUUCCUCAUUCUAAAGGAUUUUUUUCAUUCUUUGAAAAACUGUAUUAACACUAUCUCUCAAUCGGAACUUCAAGUUUUAUUGUUGUCGUUUUAUAGAUUGAUUUCCACAAACAGAGACAAGUUUUAUAGGUUCAUUGAUCCUCAAGUUUUGCAUUCCUUAGUUGCAAAUAAAUCAACUUCUGAUAUCAAUAAAUACAUUUCGAUUCUUAUUUUAUCGAAAUAUUUGUUCCUCUCCGAAGAAGCUAGAUCCCAAAUGAUUAAGCAACAUGUUGAUGAAGCAAAUAUAGUCGGUGAUUUAGAUGGUGAUCAGAAUGUAGACUUCAAUCUAUUAUCUCUACUUGAAGCUCAAAGGCUAUCUAAUCUUUCCAAGAUUACCCCUUCAUCAGAAUGUUUCAUAGAAUCAAACUCAACGAUCACAUUUACUGAAUCCGAUUUGUCUCCAGGUGUCAGUAUUAUUUCAGGAAUAAUGGUACCAAACUUAGUCACUCUUGAGUCUGGCACAACUAAAUUUAACGAAAACGAAUCAAACUUUGUCGAAAUUCCAAAAUCCCUAGAUUCUAUCAGAUCCUUUGCUAAGUAUACGAAAAAUUCAGAACCUGUGUUAUUAGUGGGUGGUGCAGGAAGUGGUAAAACUUUUUUGGUUGAUGAAAUGGCAAGACGUUUGCACAUUGAAGACACGAAUAGUUUAGUUAAGAUCCACCUUAACCAGCAAACAGAUUCCAAAACUUUAAUUGGUACUUAUACAUCAGGUACCAAGCCAGGAACGUUUGAGUGGAAAAAUGGCGUUUUGACAACUGCUGUUAGAGAAGGUAAAUGGGUUCUUAUUGAAGACAUUGACAAAGCGCCAAAUGAAGUUUUGUCUAUUUUAAUGGGGUUGCUUGAACAUAGAGAAAUCACAUUACCAUCAAGGGGGGAAAUCCUUAAAGCCGGCAACGGAUUUCAGAUGAUUUCCACAAUGAGAACUAACAGUAAUGAUAAAGAUGAAGACAUUCAUUUACCUGAUAUGAUUGGUUUACGUUUAUGGAAUAUUUUAAAGUUGAAAGACUUAGAUGACCAGGACAUGAAAACUAUUCUUAAUAAAAAGUUCCCCUUAUUAUCGAAAUACACCGACCUUUUCAUCAAAUGUUACAUCACUGUAAAGAGUAUCUGUGACUCUAGAAAAUUCGUUUCUAUGAAUAAAGGCGCACAACCGAGACAAAUUUCUAUAAAAGAUUUGAUGAAAUUUUGUAGACGGAGUGAGCAAAUCUUCAAAUUACAAAACAUUAAAACAGCUGAUGAGCUAAUUCAUGAUGAUGUUUUUGAUACCAUUUUCCAAGAAGCAAUCGAUUGUUUCACUAGCGCAAUCGUUGAACAAGAGCCAAUCAACUUCUUAGUUAGAGAGAUUGGCUCAAUUCUGGAAAUUCCAACCUCUAGAAUUGAUUUACAUUUGAGGAGACAUGUUCCCAAGCUUGAAAAUUUUGAGGAUGGUUUAAGGGUUGGCCGUUCAUAUAAUAAGAAACAAAAGAUAGUUGGUGUACACAAAUAUACUAAUAAGGUUGCAGUCGGAAAUACAACAUCCUUUGCCACUACUAGCCACUCUGCUAGGUUGAUGGAAAAAAUAGGUGUUGGAAUUUCUAUGUGUGAACCUCUAUUGCUGGUCGGUGAAACAGGUACAGGUAAAACGACAGUUGUUCAGCAGAUGGCUAAAAUUUUAAAUAAAAAAUUAACUGUUAUUAAUUUGUCUCAACAAACUGAAGUUGGUGACUUACUGGGUGGUUUCAAACCCAUAAAUGCCAAGACACUCGCCCUACCACUACAAGAGGAUUUUGAGCAAUUAUUUGCUCGAUCUUUUUCAACCACUAAAAAUGCACAAUUCUUGAAACUGCUGUCGAAGUGUUUCAACAAGUCACAAUGGAAGAAUGUUGUUAGGUUAUGGAAGGAAGCUUUUAAGAUGGCCAAGAACACAUUUGAAAAAGAAGAACUUGAAGUCCCUGAAUCCAACGAAAAUGAUGAGACUGCAACAACAACGAAAAAGAAGAAAAGAAAAUUAAAUGCUACUGAGAGAACAGAACUAAUGAAAGAAUGGAAGACAAUCAAUUCCAGAGUUUUCAACUUUGAGAAACAAGUUGUCGACAUGAAAAAUUCUUUUAUUUUCAAGUUUGUUGAAGGUUCGUUAGUUAAUGCCGUCAAGAAAGGUGAUUGGCUACUUCUUGAUGAAAUGAAUUUAGCUGCCCCAGAAACUCUUGAUAGUAUUUCUGAUUUAUUGGCCGAAUAUCAAGACCAAAGAAGUAUUCUUCUAUCUGAAAAAGGUGAUGUUGAGAGCAUAAAGGCUCAUCCUGACUUUCGUCUCUUUGGGUGUAUGAACCCAGCUACAGAUGUUGGUAAGAAAGACUUACCUCAAAGUAUUAGGUCUCGAUUUACUGAAAUUUAUGUUUCCUCUCCUGAUCAAGAUAUUCAAGAUUUGUUAAUGAUUAUAGAUAAAUACAUUGGCAAAUACUCGUUAUCGGAUGAAUGGAUUGGGAAUGAUGUUGCGGAGCUUUAUCUUACUGCAAAGCGGUUAUCUGAUAACAAUCAGAUUGUGGAUGGAGCCAACCAGAAACCCCAUUUUAGUAUCCGUACUUUAACUAGAACAUUAUUAUAUGCUCGAGAAAUUGCUCCAAUUUAUGGAUUGAGAAGAGCACUGUAUGAAGGGUUCUGUAUGUCACUUUUAACAUUACUUGAUGCUAACUCGGAAAAAAUACUAAUGCCAAUUAUCCAACAACAUACGAUUUCCAAGCUGAAAAAUGCUAAAUCUGUUUUAUCUCAGAUCCCUGCUGACCCAUCAAACAGUGACUCUAAAUAUAUUCAAUUUAAACACUAUUGGAUGCAAAAGGGUCCUGGAGACCCAGAACCUCAGACGCAUUAUAUUAUCACUCCAUUUGUUGAAAAGAAUAUGUUGAAUUUGGUUCGUGCUACAAGUGGUGGUAAAUUUCCGGUUUUAAUUCAAGGUCCAACUUCUGCUGGUAAAACUUCUAUGAUUAAUUACCUUGCUAAAAUUACCGGGCAUAAGUUUGUUCGUAUCAAUAAUCAUGAGCACACAGAUCUCCAAGAGUAUUUAGGUACCUAUGUUUCAGAUGAUACGGGGAAGUUAACAUUCAAAGAAGGUAUUUUAGUUGAUGCUUUGAGGAAAGGUCAUUGGAUUGUUUUAGAUGAAUUGAAUCUAGCUCCAACAGACGUGUUAGAAGCCUUGAAUCGUCUCUUGGAUGAUAACAGAGAAUUGUUUAUUCCUGAGACCCAAGAAACAGUUAGGCCUCACCCCGACUUCAUGUUAUUUGCUACGCAAAAUCCACCUGGAUUGUAUGGUGGUAGAAAGGUGUUGUCGAAGGCGUUCAGAAACAGAUUUUUGGAGUUGCAUUUUGAUGACAUUCCCCAGGACGAAUUGGAAAUUAUCUUGAGAGAAAGGUGUCAAAUUGCCCCUACUUAUGCUAAAAAGAUUGUUGAGGUUUACAAAGAACUUAGCGUUACUCGACAAGGUGGCAGACUAUUUGAGCAAAAGAAUUCUUUUGCUACACUUAGAGACCUUUUCAGAUGGGCUCAGAGAGAGGCUGUGGGUUAUGAACAACUAGCAGCUAAUGGUUACAUGUUGUUGGCUGAAAGGGUCAGAAGACCGGAAGAAAAAGUAGUUGUUAAACAGGCUUUGGAAAAAGUCAUGAGGGUAAAGCUCAACAUGGAGGAAUACUAUUCUAAAUUGGAGGUGCCAGAAUUGCUUGAAAUGAAAGGUCCAGUCAUUUGGACCAAGGCAAUGAGGAGACUUGCUGUUUUAGUAAUGACAUCAAUGCAGAAUAAUGAACCCUUGCUAUUAGUUGGUGAAACUGGAUGUGGUAAAACUACUGUUUGUCAAAUGAUUGCCAAGUUUUUCAAUAAAAGUUUGAUUGUAGUUAAUGCUCACCAAAAUACUGAAACAGGAGAUCUUUUGGGUGCCCAAAGGCCUAUUCGUAAUCGUUCGGAGCUACAACUUAAGUUUGUCAAUUCACUAAGAGAGCUUGCUAAUAGACUUGGUCAUAAAAUUCCUGAUAACCUUUCCUACACAGAGGCUGUCAGUUUUUGGAAAGAGUUCAAAAAAAUGCAUUCCCCUUCUGAUGACGAUGUCAAGGCAAUUGAAAACACCAAGGCCGAGUGUGAUGCUCUAUUUGAGUGGUCGGAUGGACCUUUAGUGAAUGCAAUGAAAUCUGGUAGCUACUUUUUACUUGACGAAAUUUCUCUUGCCGAUGACUCUGUUCUUGAGAGAUUAAAUUCGGUAUUAGAGCCAGAGAGAUCUCUUUUACUUGCUGAAAAGGGCUCUGAUGACGUUUUCAUUACAGCAGAUAAGGGGUUCCAAUUUUUGGCUACUAUGAAUCCAGGUGGUGAUUAUGGUAAGAAGGAGUUAUCCCCAGCUUUGAGAAACCGUUUCACAGAAAUUUGGGUUCCCUCAAUGGAAGAUUUUGAAGACGUUAGGCAAAUAGUUAGGGCAAAAUUGUCUGAGACUGUUAAGCAUUUGGCUGAUAUCGUUGUCAACUUUUCUCGAUGGUAUGGUUUGAAGAUGGGCGGAGGUAAUGUAUCUUCCGGUGUUAUCUCUUUAAGAGAUAUAAUUGCCUGGAUCAGCUUCAUCAACACAGCUUCAGAGAAUGGGUUAUCAGAUAUGACUGCGUUGCUUCAUGGUGCAUGCAUGGUUUUCAUAGAUGCGCUUGGUACUCAUACAACAGCGUACCUGGCUGAAGAUGAAGAGAAACUCAGAACUGUCAAAUCCGAGUAUGUUAAAAAGUUAUCCGAAUUUGCCAGACACGACUUAAUCCAAUUAUACUCACUGAAACCGGUUGUCAGCAUCUCUGGGUCUAAAUUAGUUUGUGGUCCAUUUAGCGUACAGAGGAAAGAAAAUGCACCUGCUGUGAAUUCGUUUAAUCUUGAUGCUCCAACUACAGCAUCCAAUGCAAUGCGAGUAAUCAGGGCUUUGCAAGUUCAUAAACCUAUAUUACUUGAAGGUAGCCCGGGUGUUGGUAAAACCUCUCUUAUUACUGCUCUUGCGACAGCCACAGGCAACGAAUUGACACGGAUUAAUCUAUCAGAGCAAACCGACUUGAUAGAUUUGUUUGGGUCGGACUCUCCUGUUGAGGGGGGUAAAGCAGGUGAGUUUGUUUGGAGAGAUGCUCCAUUUUUAAGGGCCAUGCAACAGGGUGAAUGGGUUCUUUUGGAUGAAAUGAAUUUAGCCUCACAAUCUGUUCUAGAGGGCCUAAAUGCAUGUUUGGAUCAUAGAGGUGAAGUAUAUAUUCCAGAACUUGACAAAUCAUUUAUGAGCCAUCCUAACUUCAAGGUAUUCGCCGCUCAAAACCCACAACUGCAAGGUGGUGGCAGAAAAGGUUUGCCUAAGUCGUUUGUUAACAGAUUCAGUGUUGUUUAUGUUGAUAUGCUGACAGAGGAUGACAUAAAGCUUAUUGCCCAUCACCUGUAUCCUACCCUGGAUGCAGAACUAUGUGAUAAAAUGAUUUCUUUCAUGUCUAAACUUGAAGAGCAAGUCGUUAUUAAGAGGCAGUGGGGUUCAUAUGGUGCACCAUGGGAAUUCAAUCUCAGAGACACCUUGCGGUGGCUAUCUUUGGUAGAGUCUCCUAGGAUUUCUAAUGAAAUUUCACCCUCUGAUUUUUUUGACCUUGUUGUCAAACAACGUUUCAGAACUGAGAAGGAUAAGCAAAAUGCAACGACACUUUUUGAAUCUAUAUUUGGCCCUCUUGAAAAGAAAGAUCCGUAUUAUAGUCUCCAGAGUAAUUUUGUCCAAUGCCAAAACGCCAUUGUAACCAGAAACGAGUUGGUUCAGUACCAGUCAGAUACCAAAAUCUCAAAUCUCCAGUCAAAUGUUCCUAUUCUUGAGACUAUAUUUAGAUGUAUUCAGCAGUCAUAUCCAUUGAUCCUCGUUGGUCCUUCUGGCUCAGGUAAGUCGGCAUUGAUCAAAUUUGCUGCCGAUAUUGUUGGUUCAAAGGUUUACGAAUUUUCGAUGAAUAGUGAUGUCGAUAGUAUGGAUAUUCUAGGGGGUUAUGAACAAGCAGAUUAUGCAAGAUCAUUCUCGAAGCACUCCUCAUCUAUUACUGAAAUCCUGUUGAAGCUUAUUGCGGUUAAUGUUCAACUAUCCUCCGAUGAAAGCUUUUCAGUUAUUCAGAUCUCAACCAAAAUAAUAAAAACUCUUCAGGAUUCUUGCUUAUCAAUUAACAACAUCAAAUUUGUCUUGAGUGAUCUUGAAACUUUGAACCAAAUUAUUCAGAAUUCUCAACUCUCUCAAAUUAUUGAAGAGCUCUCUGCUCUAAGUGAUGCUAUCUCUUCUGGUGAAAUCAGCAUCAACUUCGAGUGGUUUGAUGGUUUAUUAGUUGAAGCUGUUGAAAAAGGUUACUGGCUAAUUCUUGAUAAUGCCAACCUUUGUAGCCCCUCUGUGUUGGACAGACUCAACUCUUUACUUGAAAUUAACGGCUCCUUAGUGAUUAACGAGUGCACCAACGAUGACGGCUCUCCUAGAGUUAUCCAAACGCACCCUGACUUCAGACUUUUCUUAACGUCAGAUCCUAAGUACGGUGAACUAUCGAGGGCCAUGAGAAAUAGGUCCGUUGAAGUUUAUGUUGAUUUGCUGGAAGAGCGUGCGACUAGAUUUGACAGGAGCGUUCUUGGUCUUGGAGUAACCGUGAAUAACGAAGAGGCAAGCGAGCAAACUUUACAAAUGGAAAUAAAUGGUUUGAACAUCAACAACCUAGAAAUGCCUUUAGCAUGUUUUACUCAGGUGAAUGACAGCACAUUGGUUAUGACUUCCUUGUUUUUAGAUUAUUAUACUAUUGCAAUUAAAUCUGAAAACAAAUUUGCUGCCUCCACGAUUUUAGAAUUUAUUCCUUUUUCUUUGAUCCCAAUUCUUGAAAAGUUUUCAUAUACUACAUCACAUUCAUCAGAGUUCUCAAAUUCUGCAUUUUUCAUAGAUGUCGAAAGAACUAUCAAAACUUUGGAACAAUCUGGCGUGUUUGAUUCAACCGAGAAGUUGUAUGCAAAAGCUUUCCAAAAGUCGCCGCUUUUAAGCAAUAAAAUGUCUGAUAUAAAAAAACAGCCUGUUUCAGUCCUCGGAAACUCAUCAUUGGUACCAUUGGUUAAAGAAUAUGCGUGCUUUGCUUGCUCCACCGAGAACUCGUUACUCUUUGCUGUUUUGUUCAUGCUAUCAGAUGCUUUUUUGUUUAUGGAAGAGCUCCAAGAAAAGGCAAAAACCGCAACUGUCUCCUCAUUAAACAAGUUAGAACAAUUAGCAGCUGUUUCUCUUGGAAGGGAAGUUAAGAAUUUACCAAAAAUCAAUGUUUACAAAUGGGUGGUUGAUAUUUUAAUGAUUAUUAGAAAUCAAACCGUUAAACUCAUCAAAACCGAAAAAUUCUUGCAAGUUGAAGGAUUUGGUGCAUUGUUCAAACUUGUUGUUUUAUGGCAAAACUUUGUGACGGCAUCUGUGAAUUACAAUAGUACUGCAAUUCGUGUUUAUCAUAGUCAGUUGAUUGAAUGGACUGAAAACGCUUCUAACCUGCAUGAAGAUGCUGUUAUAGAAUUGGGCCGCACUAUCAAGUUUUUUUCUGAUGAGCUUAAAUUGACAAGAGGUUCUUCAAUGACUGUUAUCUGGAAUUCAUGUAGGGAUAUGUAUCCCCAAACAUCCGUUGCGUGGUCCAAUUAUGAAUCUUUAUUAACUCUAGCAAGUAAAUUUGACGAAGUUGCGUUUGAGCAAUUUUCUGAAAAUAUGAGCAAUGUUAAUGAAAUUAGAAAGCUCUUCAUCCAAUUAUUUGCUUCAUGCCUGGAAAAGACGCAAAAUGAUGAUUUUGUCCAAAUGUUAGAAAUAAUUGAAAAGCAGAUAGAGAGUUUAACUUCUAUUACACAAGGUUUCUUAAAUAGAAGGGAACAUCCGUUUGUCGGCAACUUCAAUCAAGUGUUAGGGUUUGUUGAAUCUGGUAAAACUUUUUCCAAACAAACUCUGACAUUGGAUUCCGAAACAUUGAAUCUAUGUUUGCUAGCAAAUAAACCAACUGCGGAGAUGCAAAGAUAUGAGAAAACUGAGAUAUUCAAGCCUUAUCCAAACAUUUUGAGUUCCUUAUGGGAUUCCGAUGGUUACCUCAAACUGAAUUUAUUUGAUGAUGAAUUUCUGAAAUCUACUAUGAGCAUGGUUUCUCAGAUUGAAUACACACAUGGAGGAAGUAUUGAGCAAACACUGCUUGAUCUGAAAUUUUUUAUAUCUCAGUUGGUGAAAAAGUCGUUCGAUAUCUUAGCAGACCAUACGAAACAGUUUUCCUUGAUCAUUUUUGAGUGGAUCUCAUAUAUUCAUAAUAUCCAUGUCGAGUUGUUAGAUGAAGAUUUCAGGGUUUCUGCCUCAGAGUUAUUUAAGUCAGGCUCUUUUGAAUCACUUAAAGAUUAUUGUGCCAUGUUCUUUAAACACGGCCACCACCAAUAUGCUGAAAUUUUUGAAAGUUUCUUCAUACCAGCCAUUGGUUUGACACAGGGGUCUUGCACGAUGUCCUCUUUGGGCCAAUCUUAUGUUUUAGCAGCUUGUGGUUUCAUUAUGUUAUACAUGCCUGACUCUACUUAUGAUCCUGCUUCUGUCGAUCAUAUUUUGUACAAUGACUUUAUGAAAAUGCAAAAGUUGAUUGCUCAGCUCAGGGAAUCCUUUAUUUGUGCUCGUGAAACUUACUUUGGCGAUCAAACUAUAGUAUCUGAAAAAUACUUACCAGAAUCUCCAAAAUCUGAGAUUAACGAGUUACCGAGAGUUUACCGAGGUACUGAAUCAGCCGAAAGGUUGUUUGAAGAAUGGCAUAUGUUCUUUUCAUCGUAUAUUGAUAGAAAGCAUAUUGAUUUCCUGCUGGAGACAGCAAAACAGGUGAAUGAAAAGGCUGAUGCUCAAAUAAACAAUUUCUUGAACAAUGCCUCUCAUUUUGUUUUAAGGUUGAAGGAGAGCCAUUUGAGGUUUUCUGAUUUGAAUGAUAUUUUAAUUGGUUUUAUCUAUUCCCUGAAGUUAGGGUUACAAUUGAUGCAUCAAAGUAGUGUAAAUAAAACAAUUGACGGCCCAUCUUCAUUAUGGACCUCAGAUGCUUCGUUAAUUUUUUCUCCUUUAUGCUUGGGUGAUGUACUAUCGCCAAUUCAAAAGCUCUUCAAAAAGACAUCAGUUAAUGAUUACAAUGUGGAAAAUGUUUAUUCUUAUAUGCUACUACUUUCCAAGGUUUACAACAGCAAGAUUUCUACACAAAGUGGCGAUGAUCCUUUCAAUAAGAUUGUAAUGGCUUUGUACUACAGAUGGUCCCUGAGAACUUUGAAGGAGCAAGAAAAAGAGUCGACCGAGAGUGGUGUGUACAAAUUUGCCGAUCCAACCAUUGAUGCUGAAGCUGACUUUAAGCGGCUCUUCCCGGAUUCUGAAGAGUUGAUGGAUAUUGAUUCUGCAAAUAGCGGUGUCUCGUCUUCUCAGGAUUUAAGUUCAGUUUACUUUAACAUUGCUAAGGCUUACAUUUCUAAUUUCAAAGAGGGUUCAACUUCCUCUUUGUCAGAAAUUUCCGAAUUUUCGAUUGUGGCGUUCAAUUCAUUCAACAAGAUUUAUGAGAGAACGGGUUCUGGUGUCAACAGAAGUUCCAAUUUGGUUUUUAUCUUAUCAUUGUUGAAAGAUUCCUACAACAAGUUUGUUGAAACCAAGGCUUCAACAGAUAUAGAUUUUUAUAAUGGUUAUGAUUUUGCUCAGACUAGAAAUGCUGGUAAACUGGUUCGGAAUGUUCAGAUUUCAGUAUCUGAAUUACUAAAGAAAUGGCCAGAGCAUGCAACAUUGUCUGAACUAUUUAGAAUCUGUGGGGAGUUUUUGGAUUAUCCAGCAUCAACCCCUAUUUUCAGAUUACUUGCCAAGGUUGAGCAAAUUUUCACUUUUAUUGCUGAAUGGGAGAAAUAUGCUCAUUCGGGCGUCUCGUUAGCUGUGCAUUACAAAACUAUUUCUGGUUUGAUUGUUUCUUGGAGGAAACUGGAAUUAGCUUCAUGGAAGCAGGUUUUUGCCAAUGAAGAAAAGAACAUAGAAAAGAAUAUUGGCAAAUGGUGGUUUCAUUUAUUUGAAAGUAUUAUAGUUCCUUCAAUGAACAAUGAGAUAUUUGAUGAAGAAAUCGAAAUCAAAACUAUAUCUGCAAUCAACGUUUUCGUUUCACAAGGUUCAUUUGGUGAUUUCAAGUAUAGAUUGGAUUUGUUGUCUGCUUUUGCUGCACACGUAAAUCAAUUAGUUCCUUCAUCAACUGUUAAUGAGUCUCUGAAUAAUAUUGUUAACUACUAUAAGCAGUUUGUACCACAGAUUGAGGAGUCGGUAGCUUCGCUCAAAAAAGAGUUGGAGAAGAAGGUCAAUGAGAUUAUUUUAUUAGCAAGUUGGAAGGAUGUUAACAUUGAUGCACUAAAGCAAAGUUCUCGUCGUUCUCACCAUAAGUUAUACUCGGUAAUAAGAAAGUAUCGUGAUUGUUUGGUUAGACCAGUUAAGCCUCUUAUUGAGACGGGUAUACCGUUUUCACGCAAGACUGUGGUUCAGAAACCCGAGCAAGAAAAGGUUUUCGUUAGAGUACCAGAAGAUAUAUCCAGAAUUAUUGAAUUAUGUAGUACAAUAUCCAAAUGGAAUGAAAGAAUUCCUAGACUCAGAAACAUCACACAGGUGGAGAGGAAUAUGGACAUUUAUGUGAAAGAUGUUGGUCAUUUUGAGUUAAGAAGCUUACAUCAAUAUGCCAAAGACAUUUACGAAGAUGCCGAAAGGUUAAGGAAAGAGACUCCAAGUGUAUAUACCAAGGAUAAUAAGAAGAAAAUUGCUUCACUAAAGAACGAAAAACAUAAGUUAAUGAGUGAUACGAUCAAACAGCUAAAACAUAUGGGUUUGAAGAUUAAUAUGACUCUUGAGAUCCAAAAGGCACUUCCAUCGGUGACCGCUAUCCUAGCUACUUCCAAAUCAUUUGAUAAUACUUGUUUUCAAAAUUGUGACAAUUUCUUUUUCAGAAUCCUUGAUUUGUUACCAAGACUGAGGGUUGCUGUGUCUGAAGUACAUGAUGAUAUUCCACCUGCAGAUGCUCAUAAAUGUUUAGCUGCAUCAGAGCACCUUCUAUACACAUUAAUUUCAAACAGAAAUACAUAUGUGAAAUUUAAUACUCUGAGUUCCAAGUUUGUUGACAUGGUAGCUAAUAUAGAACAAUUCACCACGAAAAGUAAGAACAUGCUCUUGUCUGCAAGUCAACUUUCUUUAUUUGCAUCAACUAAGGAUAGUGUUUCUGCGUUUGUUCAGCAGGCACCUGCCGUUAUUGAUUUUGCCAUUGAAUCGCUGAGAAAUUCUAGUCAGUUUUCUGCAAAGGGUUAUGAUUAUAGUCUUUUUACGAAGGCUAGAGAUUUCAUUGUUAAAUGUGAUAUCAGCAAAAAUGAACUGUUUGGAUCUUUUGAAUCACACCAGUUUUCCGAAAUUAUGACAUUCUACCGUCGCUUUGUUGAUGAUUUGGACUCAUGGAAGCAUUCAAAUAGUGAGGUGGCAUUUGUUGCUGACUUUGUUUUGACUUGGAUGGAAAAGCAAAAGUACCAGUUUGAAACGGUUUCUGAAUUUAAAGAAGAAUGUCACACAAUGGAGGACCUAGAAUUUGCAUUCAGAGAUCUCUUUAACUCUAUUUUGGUUUCCGUUCAAAGGAUGCAUAAGUUCCAUUUUGAAAACAUCAACUUGAAAGAGAAUGGUGAAAACAUGGUGGACGAUGAAGAUGAAGAUGACGAUACAAACUGGCUAAUCAUGGACAAUAAGAAGUUGAAGAAGUCAGUCGAUCUUUUAUACCUACCGUCAAUAACCAAUAAGCUUGCACAAUGCAUCAGCGCCUUGAAGUCCAUUGAAUACAACGACCAGGAGCAUCUAGUUGCAGCUGCCCUUAUCGAGCAUUCGUUGCCUAUAGUACAACACUAUUCUAAUUUGGUUCAUGUUAUUGAGCAUAAAUUGAAAACAAAUUAUGUAGAUUUGUCUCGAGGAUGUUUUGAAUUAUCUUCCAUUCUCUAUAACGUUUGUUCUAAGGGAUUCUGUCAACCAGAACUACCAAAUGAGGAAAAGGAAGAUAAUAACUUGAAAGAGGGUACUGGCCUUGGAGACGGUGAAGGUGCUGAAAAUAAUUCAAAUGAUGUCGAGGAAGACGAAGACUUAAGUGAACAAGCACAACAGCCGAAUGAAGAAAAGGACAGAGAUGAUAAUGAAAGUGAUGAAGAUGAUGAUGCUGUGGAUAUUAAGGGUGAUAUGGCAGGCGAACUUGAAAAUGUUUCAGACCAAGAAGAUAAGGAUGAUGAAGAGAAUGAAGAAAAUGAAGAUCAAGAGGAUGAACUUGAUGAAGAAAUUGAUGACUUGGACGAGUCUGACCCAAAUGCAGUUGAUGAUAAGAUGUGGGAUGAAGAAGCAUCUCCUAGUUCCAAGGAAAAGGAUUCUGAGGAAAUGCCUGAUAAUGCCGAAGCUAAUAACGACAUGGAAGCAAUGGAGGACAAUUCCGAGGACGAAAAAGAACAAAAGAAAGAGGAUGACAAACAAGAGAAUGCGGACAAUGAUGGCGAGGAAGAAAAAGAAAACGAUGAUAAUGCCGAAGAUGAAGAAGAUGUAGGUGAACAGGAAGACGAAGUUAAGAAUGAAGAGAAUGAGCAAUUUGAUAAUGCGGCGCCAGAAGCAGAUGCUUUAGAACUUCCUGAAGAUAUAAAUUUGGAUUCAGAUGGUGAAAACAAUUCAGAUGGGGAAGAUGAGAACGAUGAUAAGUUUGAUGAUAAUAUAGAUGAACAAGACUCAGAAUUGAAGGAUGAUGACGACCAAAUCGAUGAAAAAGCUGACGUUGAAAUGGAUAACGAAGAGCCAGCUGGAGAUGAAGAUGAGCAAGAAGUCGAGGGAGCUCCAACAGAAGAGGGAGACGAUGGCUCUGAACAGGAAGAUGAGGAUGAAAAGGAUGGCAUGGAAAUCGACAAUGAAGAGACAAAUGAAGAUGCGGGUGUUGAUCAGUCUGAUGAUGAAUUAAAGGAAGGCGAAGAAGAAGAUUCUAAGGAAGAGGCCGAUAAAGAUAAUUCAAAGCAAGAAGAAAUUGAAGGAUUGGAAGGUGACGAAUCAGGCGCUAAUAAUGUUGAUGAUGAGUCUGCAGUCAAACAGCAAUCCGGUACAAACACUGAAGGUGCCGAUGCAGAUGAUAAUACUGAAAAGGAAAACAUUGGAGCAAGUAAUGGUGGUGCCGACUUCCAGAACGAAGAAAAGGAAGACAAGGAGGAUGAAGAGAAUAUAAAUGAGCAGAAUGAAGCUUCACGUGAUCAAGCUGCCGAGUCAAUGAAACAACUGGGAGAUUCGUUGAAGGAGUUUCAUAGGAGAAGGCAAGAAAUUAAGGAAACAACUGAUGAUGAUAUGGUUGAUCAAAAAGCAGGUGAAAGACCUGAUGAUUUCCAACAUCUUGAUGGCGAUAACGCCGAAAAUGAAACACAAGCUUUAGGUGCAGCAUCAAAGGAACAAGUUCAAUCAAUUGACGAUAAUAUGGCAAUUGAUGAUGAUGAGGAUGAUUCGUUUGAAAACCGAAAUGAUGAAACAAAGACAGAAGAAGAUAGCAAUAAUCAGAAAGCAGAUGAAGAGAGUGAUGUUGAAAUGGAAGAAGGAGGUGCAAAUGAGGAUGAUUUUGUUGGUGAGAGGCGUUCUGGGUUUAUGAAUGAAAGGAGAAGGGAUGAUAAUGAAGUCCCUGCCAACUUAAACCUAGAUACAAUUAUGGAUUCUGAUGACGAGCUUGAGGAUGAGUAUCAUAAUGACAACAAUGUUGCUGUCAAGCAAUCUGCGGAUUUGAGAGAUUACGAGGAAGCCAAUGAAUUAUGGAAGAAAGCCGAUGAGAAUACACGUGAUUUGACAUCAUCUCUAUGUGAACAAUUGAGAUUAAUUUUGGAACCUACUCUGUCAACUAAAUUGAGAGGUGAUUACAAAACCGGUAAGAGGUUGAAUAUGAAGAGAAUUAUUCCAUAUAUUGCAUCACAGUUUAGAAAAGAUAAGAUUUGGAUGAGAAGAACCAAGCCAAGUAAGAGGCAAUAUCAAAUUAUGAUAUCUUUGGAUAAUUCUAAAUCUAUGUCGGAGUCCCACGCCGUUGAUAUAGCGUUUGAAUCUGUUGCUCUCGUCUCUAAGGCAUUAUCGCAAUUAGAAUCUGGCCAAUUGUCCAUUAUGAAGUUUGGUUCUGAUUCAGAAGUUGUUCAUCCAUUUGAGAAACAAUUUGGUGGCAAUAGUGGAGUUAAAGCUUUCCGUGAAUUCAAGUUUGAUGACACUAAGACUGACAUCAAAAAAUUAGUCUCCAAAUCUCUAAAAGUGUUUAACGAAGCAAGAGCAUUUGGAGAUUCUGAUUUAUGGCAACUGGAAAUUAUUCUAUCUGAUGGUGUUUGCGAAGACCACGAAACUAUUCAAAGAUUGGUCAGGAGGGCAAGAGAGGAGAAAGUUAUGAUUGUUUUUGUAAUUAUCGAUGGUUUGAACAGUCAGGAGUCUAUCCUGGAUAUGAGUCAAGCUACAUAUACGACUGGUGAAAAUGGAAAGAUGAAGUUACAAGUGAACAAGUAUCUGGACACCUUCCCAUUUGAGUUCUACGUCGUUGUUCACCAUAUUAAUGAAUUACCAGAGAUGUUAUCCUUGAUUCUAAGACAAUAUUUCACUGAAUUGGUGUCGGUUUAA